GAAAACAAAAUAAUUCAUUAACCAGGAACAUAUCAGUAGGCAGCGUGCGAUUGACUUCCGUUCGAAGCGAGGACAUGAACCAUCAACUGUUACUUCAGCAGCAGCAGCAACAGCAGCGGCGACGCCAAUCGUUACUGACCAAAAGCGUUCAGGAAGAGCACUUGAUCCAGCAGGUCAAGUUACGGCCGGUGUUGUACGACAAAUCGCUUAAGGCAUACCGGAAACCCGGUGCUACCGACUGUGCAUGGUUAGAAAUCGCCGAUGCGCUAGGAGUGCAAGUGGAUAACUGCAAGAAACGAUGGAAAAGUUUGCGUGACACUUUCAUUAAAUAUUUCCGUCAGGAAAUUUUAGCUACCCCUGGACUCAAGCGCAAGAAAUGGGUGUAUUAUGAGCAUAUGAGUUUCUUACGAAAUCAUGUUGAGCUUUAUGGCAUUUCCGAAACAGACUCAAUUAGCGACAAAGAAACGGUUACUUCCGACGAUGCGCAAAUAAUUCAUAUCGCUGAGUUUGUAACGGAACAAGUUAACGGCGAGCACGGUGUUGGGGAUCAGUUUGAUGAUAAUCAAACGGAAUAUGUCUACGAAGAGGUAGAAGAAGUUUCUCCGGCCGCAUACACACUUGAAGCGAAACAAGAAUCGACGCAGGAGGUAAGGCCAGAUCAGUCCAUGGAAGCCACCGUAGCAGCUGCAAUGGUGCAUCACGACUUGGAUCUGUCACAAGACGAAGACAACAGUGUCAAUAUGCCGUUUUUAGAUCAUACCAGCGAGGAAGUACAUUUUGCGAAUACGAACCCGUCGAUAAUGAUUAACGAUCCCGACGAAAGAUUCCUACUGAGCUGCGCACCAGUGCUAAAAAGGCUACCUGCGAGAAAAAAUGCCCUUGUGAAGCUGCGAAUCCAGCAACUGCUAUAUGAAGUGGAAUUUGGGGACUUGGAUAAGGAUCCUAGUGGAGGACAUAACUCAUGA